AACCCAAAUUAGCGCUAUAAUUAUUGUUAAUUCCCUUCCUUUCAAUCUACUCGCAUUUCACUCAUUCAUCUUCAUCUUCAUCUUCAUCCCAAUCUCAAUCUUCAACGACGAUGUGCCGUUUAAGCAACAUGUUUGUGUCUAUCCUAAAUAGCUGCACAUUGAUCGUCGGCUGGAUCGCCAUCCUCUCCGCCGUUCACGUCCGCCAACACGGCGGCACCGAUUGCCAGAAGUUUCUUCAGGACCCUGUUCUCAUCGUCGGAGUCUUUUUCGUCGUCGUUUCGUUGCUCGGCCUCAUUGGAUCCUGCUGCCGCCUCAAUUCCAUCCUCUAUCUCUACCUCAUUGUCAUGUUCUUGUUGAUAUUAGGGCUCAUGGCCUUCACAGUCUUCUCCCUGUUGGUCACCAAUAAAGGAAUUGGACAGGCCGUGUCUGGAAGAGGAUACAAGGAAAAUCGCCUUGGGGAUUACUCGCAUUGGCUUCAGAAUUACGUCGUUGGUAACGGCAAUUGGAUUCGUGUUCGUAGCUGUUUGGUUGAUGCGCCCAUUUGCCGGAGCCUCGCUUCCAAUUUCCACGGAAAACAGGCUGAUUUCUAUAAGCAGAAUCUCUCCCCCAUACAGUCUGGCUGUUGCAAGCCACCGUCCUACUGCGGGUUCAAGUUCAAGAACGCCACAUUCUGGAUAGUCCCUGAAGCAGGGCCGGCAGUCCCCGACAGCGACUGCACCACCUGGAGCAACAAUCAAAAUACUCUAUGCUACGACUGCAAAUCCUGCAAGGGCGGAAUUCUGGUCAACAUCCGCAAGGAAUGGAGGCGUCUUGCCAUUUUCAACUCUUGUGCCCUCAUAGUCAUCACUAUCAUCUAUUGCAUCGGCUGCUGCGCCACCAGAAACAACCAUAAGUAUAACAGAUACAAUGCCUAUCCUUAAAUAUUCUUCAUGCUUCCUUCAUUACCCUGUCUGUAGAUUUAUAUGGUCACAACAACACACACAUGCCCAAAUGAUAUAGCUCUGUAUAAUUCUAUUCUCUGAAAAAGUGAUGUUUGUUGAUGGAUGUUUU